AUGUGCUCCUGUGGCAGCUACUAUGGAGGUCUGAGCUAUGGCUAUGGCUCUGGGUAUGGCUGUGGAUGUGGACGCUUCUAUGGCCUAGGUUAUGGCUGUGGGGGCUGUGGCUAUGGCUAUGGAGGCUAUGGCUGUGGGGGCUGUGGCUAUGGCUAUGGAGGCCUGGGCUAUGGUGGCUGUGGCUAUCGUGGCUAUGGCUAUGGCUGCUGCCGCCCAUCUUGCUAUGGAAGAUAUUAUUCCUGUGGCUUCUACUGA